ACAUGUCGCCGAGAACAAUAGCCAUUCUGCCCGAUGUUAAGAUCGAUCGACCUAAGAGACAUAACACCAGGGCAGUUUCAAACAUUCGGAUCUGCGGUUUUCAGUAGUGUGGUUAUUUUAAGAAGAACGAAGAGUUUGUCAACAACUUUUGCAGGGCAAGAUGGUUUUUCCCUUUCUUGUACGUUUAGUGAUCUGUGCCAUAAUGUCUGCUGUGGCGAUAGCUCACAACGACAGGCUUCAGUGGACGACUAAUUACCUCAUGAAUAAUGGGCAAGGAGAAGAAAAUAACAAAGAAAAUCCAGGCAAGAACAUUUCGAUCCCACGUUCUUGUCUUGAGCAUUUGAAAAAUGGAGAAACUGGAGCCAAGGACUUCAGCAUCAUGACACCAAACGGACUACAGCAAGUGUUCUGUGACCUGAGGUCUGAACCUGGCUCUGCCUGGACACUAGUGUUAUCCCAUCGAAUGGAAUACAGAUUUAAAGAUAACAUCGCCCCCUUCCAGAAAUCCUUGAACAUGAACCUUCCGGUCAACGACAAGUCCCCCAACUACAACAUGUACCGUAUGACGCUUGCCCAGAUGACCAACAUCAAAUCCCAUUCCACUCAUUGGCGUGUCACCUGCAAUGGAGCUUCAUGGGUAGACUAUCGUGAUUACCUCCGCGUUCGCUUUGCUGACCYGGACCCCCUGACCUUCCUUGGCGGAGCAACKUGUAAGAAAGUCGAGUACAUUAACAUUCGUGGUCACGUGGGUAUUGAGGUCACCGCUGCAUUCUGGCAGUUAGCCAAUAAGGAGAUCCUCCAUCAUGACAGCAGCGCAAGUCAUUGUUCAUUUGGUGCAUCCCCAGSUUACGUGCCCAGUGAAGACAACUUUGGCUUUUACAAGAAUAUUAACAAACAGUUUAAAUGCUCGUCGUAUAAGACUGUAACAUCCAACAUGUGGUUCGGUGCCUACCUGUAAUCUUGCUUCGCCUCCUUAUGAUUGAAAACAACAAAGAAUAGAAAAGCAAAAUUAGAACUGAAUUGAUCGAUCGAUGUAGUCUGUUGUACGACAAUCUGAAUGUUAAACGUUUGUCAGAUCUCUAGAUGAAACUACUUCAAUUAAAAACUAAGCAGCAUCAUACAAAA